AUGGCGAUGAUUCUCCAAAAAAAUCGGUGGAUGGAUAAGAGAAAAGUUAAUUCAGGAUCUCCAGUUGAUGAUCAUUCCCAUAAUAGCUCGCCAAUUCCUGAGCUGAUCAAGUUGGAAAGAAACUCAGAUCCAUUUGAUCCAGUCAACAGUGAAAAAUGCAACGGGCACCAGAUGAUGGAUGACUGUGAAAAGACAUGGAAGCUGCUAACUCAUGAGUACAAAGGCACAACGCCUCCAACUGCACAACCAGUACUGAUUCCGAACGUGGGUACAUCACAGCCGCUGGAGACGUCUGCUGGCAACUUGUACUCCGACAUCAUCAGAGAUGUGAUGUCAAAAUUAAGGAAUUUUGGAACCACUGCAGAGGAGAAAAGCUCGAGUGAAAGUUCGAGCGAGGCUGCAAUACAAUCAGGUACCCAGACAAGCCCUACAUCGUCGACUUCACUCCGAUUCAGCACAAACAAUGAAGCAGGAGUAGAGGAAAACCAGGGGAGGAAGAAACCGGAUCGGACGUACGAAGAAAUCGCCGCUGAAGUAAUUAAGGAGAUGCGAGAAACUGAGGCGAGGGAGGAGGAGAAAUCAAAGGAGAAACAUGAAGCUGAGGAGCCACUGCGAGUUCCUGCAGAGGAGACGAACAAGGCACCCCAGAAAGAUCCAAUUCGGGAGAUUCUCGACCUGACAGAGACAGACGAGGAGGGGGUAGCUGCGUCUGAUGAAUGGAGGAACCAAAUGGAGGACACAGUGAACUUGCUGAUAGCAGAGAAUGCUGAGCAAAAUGCCAUACUGAAGGCUCAAAGGGAGCAAAUGACCAAAAUGGUCGACUUGGUGGAUAGAGUCAUCUCUUGGAUGGACAGGGAGACUCAAUCAUCCAACCAACCCUCACCAGCGGUCUCAGCAGUAGGACAAAGUAUACCUCAACAGAAUGUGCAGAAUACUAAUCUUGCGGGAACAUCGAGGAAAAGGAAGCCAACCACCCUCUGCAGAUUUUGCCUCAUCUGCAGCAAAGAGGACCAGGCACUUUGGCUCCCGCGGAGCCAGAAAAAGAACUAA